UCCUGCCUCUCUGGCCCGCGCCGCCCGCGGGUUGGUAGAAAUCCCAGAGUUCGGCGCGUUUGAGGUCCUUCCGCCGCGGCAGCCAUUGAGGAGCAGCAGCCAUGGCUCUGCGCUACCCCAUGGCCGUGGGCCUCAACAAGGGCCACAAGGUGACCAAGAACGUGAGCAAGCCGAGGCACAGCCGCCGCCGCGGGCGCCUCACCAAGCACACCAAGUUCGUGCGGGACAUGAUCCGGGAGGUGUGCGGCUUUGCCCCUUAUGAGCGGCGGGCCAUGGAGCUGCUCAAGGUCUCCAAGGACAAGCGGGCCCUCAAGUUCAUCAAGAAAAGGCCUGUGAUUAUAACAAGAAAUACAUAUUGGGUCUUUGGCCCCAAUUCCCUGCGCAAGCGAUUCUAAGACGCUUGGAAUUUCCUGAGUGACAGGGACGAGAAGAGCAUCCUUUCUUAUUCACAAGAAGCCCCUUUCAAGAAGUGAUCAUUAGCACAGCUGGAUGGGGGCUGGUGGCCAGAGGAACCAACCAAGGGACUGGAGGGACAGAACUUUCAGCCCCAUCCUCAGCCCCCAGGGAGGGGCGCUAAUCACCAGUGACCAAUGAUGCAAUCAGUCAUCCGGUCAACCAUGCCCAGUAAUGGGCCCUUCCCCACACCUUGCCCCAGGAGUCUCUGUUUUGGCUGUUCCCUAGUUGUAUCCUUUAUAAUAAACUGGUAACAGUAAGUUAAAAA